AUGCACGCAGCCACCCGCGUUCCGGCCACCAGCGUCAGUGCCGACUGCUGCAUUCCCGCCGGUUUGCGCCUCGGGCCGGUGCCCGGCACCUUUAAACUGGGCAAGUACCUGUCAGACCGCAGGGAGCCUGGGCCCAAGAAAAAGGUGCGCAUGGUGAGAGGCGAGCUGGUGGACGAGUCGGGGGGCUCCCCUCUGGAGUGGAUAGGCUUAAUCCGGGCAGCCAGGAACCCCCAGGAACAGACUCUGGAAGCUAUUGCAGACUUACCGGGAGGACAGAUCUUCUAUCGAGCAUUACGAGAUGUCCAGCCGGGGGAGGAACUGACGGUGUGGUAUUCCAAUUCCCUGGCUCAGUGGUUCGACAUCCCCACCACCGCGACUCCGACGCACGACGAGAAAGGAGAGGAGCGCUACAUUUGCUGGUACUGCUGGAGGACGUUUAGGUACCCCAACAGCCUCAAGGCACACCUGCGCUUCCACUGCGUGCUUAGCGGUGGUGGCGGCGCGGGCCGCUCCUUCCUGCUUCAGGAGCACGCGGCUCGUCAUAGCGCUGCCCCGGCGGCAGACGGCCUUGGCCUCUCUCCCAAAGCCCCUGGGCCCGAGUUCGCCGCGCUCACCCCAGCAGACCCUUUGAGGUCCCACCCGCAAGCCCCACUGCCCACUCAGGGCUGCGGGGCGCGGGAGAGCAUCAAGCGCGAGGUCUCCUCUGCGCCCUCGGCCGCCUCGUCGUCCCCGAGCAAGUGGGGAUUGUCCAAGAAGGGCAAGGAACAGCCGGACCGCGCCCUGGACAUGAGCGGGGCCGCCCGAGGACACGGCCAUUUCCUGGGCAACGUGGGCGGUUCCCCAGCGAGGGGUGGCAGCUUGGCCUUCUACCCCGGCGGUGUGCGUUCUGCUUUCAAGCCCGCCGGCUUAGCCAGGUCGGCCGCGGCCGGCCAAGUCGACCUCUACAGGGAGGAGGGCGGAGGCAAGCAGGGAGCCGGCCUGGCCUUGGGCAGGCUUCUGAGUGGGAGCCGGACAGGCGGGCGCCCCGGUAGCGGGGAGAACCUGGCGGCGGGCAGCGCCAGCCACCACCAUCACCACCAUGCGCACCACCAUCACCACCACCCCAAGUGCCUGCUCGCGGGGGACCCGCCGCCGCCUCCGCCUCCGUCUGGCUUGCCUUGCUCGGGGGCCCUGCGCGGCUUUCCUCUGCUGCCCGGCCCGCCGGAAGAGGCGUCCGCCUUCAAGCACGUGGAGCGGACCCCGCCCGCCACUGCCGCAGCCCUCCCGGGAGCGCGGUACUCGCAGCUGCCCCCCGCGCCUGGGCUAUCUCUGGAGCGCUGCGCUCUGCCGCCCCUCGAAGCCGGGGGGUUCAAGGCCUAUCCCGGGGGCGAGUAUAGCCACUUGCCCGCCGUCAUGCCGGCCUUUACCGUCUACAACGGGGAGCUACUCUAUAGCUCGCCGGCCGCCGCAGCAUAUUACCCGCUCAAAUUGCACUUCGGUGGGCUGUUCAAGUAUCCCGAGUCCAUCUCCUAUUUAAGCGGCCCCGCUGCUGCUGCUGCGGCGGCGGCGGCUGCUGCUGCGGCCGCUCUAAGCCCCGCUGAGUUGGGGUCCCUGGCCAGUAUUGACCGUGAGAUCGCCAUGCACACGCAGCAGCUGUCGGAGAUGGCGUCUGGGAAGGGCCGCGGCCGGCUGGACUCAGGGACGCUGCCACCGGCCGUGGUGGCGGCAGGUGGCGCUGGGGGCGGCGGCGGCAGCAGCGUGGGCAAACCCAAGACCGGCCACCUGUGCCUCUACUGCGGCAAGCUGUACUCGCGCAAGUACGGGCUCAAGAUCCACAUGCGGACACACACGGGCUACAAGCCGCUCAAGUGCAAAGUGUGCCUGCGGCCCUUCGGCGACCCCAGCAACCUCAACAAGCACAUCCGGCUGCACGCCGAGGGCAACACGCCCUACCGCUGCGAGUUCUGCGGCAAGGUGCUGGUGCGCCGCCGGGACCUGGAGCGCCACGUCAAGUCGCGCCACCCUGGCCAGAGCCUGCUCGCCAAGGCCGGCGACGGCCCGGGCGCCGAGUCCGGCUACCCGCCGGAGCCGGGUGAUCCCAAGAGCGAUGACAGCGACGUGGACGUCUGCUUCACGGACGACCAGAGCGACCCGGAGGCCGGGGGCGGCUGCGAGCGCGACUCAUAA